UCUCUCUCUCUCAAAACCCCGUUUUCUUUUGCUUCUGCUCCCCUCCGACCAUUUCGCCCUCCUCUGGUCAUCUCCGUGAUCAAAUUGUUAAGAGCAAAAGAGCAAGAAUGGCGACCUCGGAAAUCUUGAAGCUUUCUGAAAACCUUGACCCCAAUCUUGUUGUUUCCACUCCUUGCCGACGGCGGAUGAGGUCUCCUGCAACCACCCUUGCAAAGUCGAAGAAAGCAGCCCCUAAAACCCCGGUCCGGACGCUCUCGUCAUCGCCUGCCCCUGUGAAGGAGAAUGCAAAGACACCGGAGGGCAGCAAGCGAAUGGUGGUAGAAGACGAGGAGGCUAAAGAUUUGGAUGGGAGUUCGAAGGCGAGGAUGAUGAGGCGAUUGAUGCUGGAGGAGGCCAUGAGAGGCCUGCCGGAGCCAGGGGCCGGGCGCGUGAUGUAUUUGGUGAAGACAUUUGAGAGACUUCUUUCCAUCUCCAAGGAGACAGUGGGCGAAAGGAGUUUAGAAAUGAAGCGAAAGGUGAUGAAUUGGGCCUUGCCUGGCUUGCAGCAUCCGCCCAGAGCGAAGGUAACCGAGCUUUCCUCUUCGCCUGUUACACGUUCGACAGAAUUCCUACCUACGGAGGACGACAAGGACGAAAGAUUGAGCUGUGGGAGCGAUGAAACAGAUGUAGGGCGAAAGAACCAACAAAAUAGCACUGGUUCCUCAGGAAGGAGUAGGAGCAAGAAGCUUAAAGUGAAAACCCAGCCGCCUUUCAAGUUAAGGACUGAGCAAAGAGGAAGAUUCAAAGAAGAGCAGUUCAUCAAGAUGGUGAAGGAAAUGCUUUUGGAGAAGAAAAGAUGCACACCAAUUGCGCAGAGGCUUCCCUGGACUACAGAUGAACACGAGAUUCUGAUAAAGCCUCACGUAAAGGAACCAACAGAACCAAUUGAUCUUAUUCUUCACAGUGACGCACAUGCAGCAGAACGUGCCGAGUUUGAUCUUCAUGUUGCUGAGAGUAUGAGCUUUGUGGAGCAAAUGAAAAUGGAGAGAGAACGGCAGAAGAAGGUGGAAGAAGAAGAAGAAGAGGAAAAAAGAAGACUUGGAAAAGAACUUGUGCUAAAAGCUCAACAACCCAUGCCUUGCUUUGAUCAACCAUCGGUCCCAAGAAAAUCAACAAAACCCCAGACAGUUCCGAAGGAGCCAAGAUUUCCAUAUGCACCGCCGCCUAAAGGAACCGUAAGAAAGACAUCCGAUUCUUAGAGGAUUUCCAGCCAUUCAGAGUUCCUUCAUCACUUACUUUGCUCGGAAGAUUACGUCUGCAUGGAUUUCAGAAAAUAUUUUCUUAUGUACAGAAUGUGUGUGCUUAGAUGAUUCACUUGUAUAGAUGAGUUGAUGUUUCAGUUUUACAAGGCAACAUAAAGUUUGGAUAUCAGAAUAAGAUGUAUGAGUUUCUAAUUGCCGUUGGAAGUCAACAUCUGAGGUUCUUCUAGACGCUGGGGUUCUUUAUGAAAUUGCAGGUGUGCAGUGUGUAUUCGAGGAAUUAUGUUACGAGUUUCUUGGCAUAUUGCAUUGUUGUGUGUUGUAAGAGAGAUGUAAAACUCUCCUAAAAUGAUUUUU